UCUGACAAAGAAAAUUUUGUAUUUUUGGGAUAAAUAAAUAAUUGGCGUUUUUGCGCGAAAAUUACGAUUGUCAUUGGCUUCCUGCAGAGCAGUCGCCGUUUCUCGCCGUUUCGUUUACGUUAUAUUGAAGUGAGGAGUGGGGAAAAAUCCAACGCAAACCGCUUUCAGUGUUUUUUUAUUAUGAAUUUUUUAAAAAGUAAACAAAUACAGAUUUAGACUGUUCACCGCCACAAUAUAUAAAUUACUGAAAAGUCUAGAAGUUCCAGAAGUCUAUAAUUCCAGAAUAAUAUGGUAGCAAAUAUCAAAGUUGGUGAAAUUUUCACCGCUGCUGGACAAGCUUUCAGUCGGUUGGGAGAUUUAACAAUGCAGUUGCAUCCAAACGCGGACGCACCAACUGGCAAAUGGACUGAUGAAGAAAUUGAUAUGUUGCAUGCGUCAAUAAUGCGAUUUUCUGAUGAUCUUAAUAAAAUAAGUUUGUGCAUAAAAAAUCGUACAGUUUCACAAAUACGACAAGCCUUAAAAAAGAAGGCGUUUGAAGACGCUGGUAUACCAGCAAAACAGGUGCCAUCCCAGCAAUUACAGCAUGUACAACAAACAAUACAACAUGUUCAACAUCAUCAACCGCAAAGCAUUAAGCAGCAAUUAAAUGCAAUACAACAGCAACAACAAUUGCAACAACAGCAGCAGCAGCAACAACAACAACACCAACACCACCAACAAAAUCAGCAUCAUCAUCAUCAACACCAACAGAACUCCACACAAGUAACUCAACAUCCACAACCCACUGUCCAAAUUCAGCAGCACAUAAUACCUGUUCAACAAUUGCAGCAGCAUUCAUCGACAACAUCCCUACAAACGACACCCAAACAAAUCAUAAUACAAGCUGCAACGAAUUCCAAUUCCACUUCUCACCAAACUCAACCUCAGAUUGUUCACUUGCAACCGCAGCAAUUGCAGCAAAUCAUACACACUCAACCCCAAACGACAACACUGACUUUGGCACAAUUUCAGCAAAUGCAACAACAGAAACAAUUGUUAGCCGCUGCAGCAGCAGCAAAUGCCUCCAAUGCAACGGGGGCAAUAACUGGCACUGCAUCGACUACCUCAUCGCAUAUUGCAACAAUCGGCAAUAAUGUUAUCAUUCAGGCACAUCAGGCUCCGAUGCCGACGUCUACACAACAUUCAACAGCUCAUCAUCAAAGUCUUGUUGUUGGUAGUACUAAGGUUGUGCCGUCUACCUCAGCUGCAGCAGCUGCAGCGCACGCAGCUGUACAAGCUGCUGUUCUACAAACUGCAAAUUCAACACACCGCGCCACUACUUCCACACCUGAUGUUAUGAUGACAUUGAACCGCAUCAAUACGCAAGAAUCCGAAGUGGAUGUUGAGUGUUUACCAGAGGAUGUCGUCAAGUUGGAUUUAUUGGGCGAAGAGGUGACUGGAUGAAAUCUAGUACAUUCCAUUGUAUCGACAUCAGAUCACACCGUAGUUAAUGAGCACGAAACCGGGAAUGGCAAUGAAACGGUCGAAGACGAUGAUUUUUAUUUUUUCAAUUCAAAAACCUAAAAAAAAAUGAACACUUAGUUUCUUAGUUAUGUUAAUCAAUGGAACUGUAAUUCACUACUACAUAAUCGACAUUAUUAUGUAUUAAUUUAAGAAUUUAAGAAUUUAAGUUCUUCAUGGGCUCGGCAACAAUAACAACUACAAAACACACACAAACACUUCCCUAAGGUUAGUUCCCAAUGAAUAAAGAAAAAUUAAUAAUAAAUAAUGCAUGCAACAAAUUAAAAUUAGCUUCUAUUUUAACCGGUCCACUUGCUGUCUGAAGAGAUAAUAGCGCUGCGUGCGUUGCUUGCGGGAUUUACAAACACUCUUGGUCAUGUCCUUUAUUUGAGUGAAAGCAAUUAAAGAUAGCAUUCUGCACAGAAGCACUGCAUUUGAGUGCCUUUCUUACUCAGCGUCUAGACUGGCUAGAAUUUGGCAAGAUUUUUACCUUCAAAAGAGAAUAUAUAUUACAAGAACUGUCUUAAUGCUAGUGAAAAAAAAUGAAGGUGUAUGCAAAAAUCUCUUGCCAAAAAACAAGCCACCAGUGUAGAUGCAGAGUUAAUGAAAUUAUGGUAACAUUUUGCUUCGGUCACUCUCAUUUCUUGUGCCUUCAGAAUAUGUUUUAAUGUUUCUUUACGAUUCGAUUUUCAAAUUACUGUGUAUUUCACUCUUAAAUCGCUGUGUAUUUUAUUUUCGUAAAUCACACGCUCGCACUCCCGAUGUUAUCCAUUUCAGCAGUUAGUAAAAUAAUCAAAACAUAAGAUAAUCUAAGAAGCAGUUUUAUUAACUGAAAAAUUAAAGAUUUGAUUGUAAUUAUAAUAAUCAG